AUGGUCAAAAUCAAAUCCAUUGAAUAUUUCCGCGUGAAGCCUCGCUGGCUGUUCGUGAAAAUCACAGACGAGGAAGGCCAAUUUGGCUGGGGCGAGGGCACACUUGAGGGCCACUCUCUAGCUGUCGAAGGAGCUUUGAAUGAGAUCAUUACUCGGAUUGUGGGCUACGAGGCUGAUGACAUCGAGCAUAUUUGGCAGACAAUAUGGCGCCUUGGCUUCUACCGCGGAGGUCCGGUCUUCAUGUCAGCCAUGUCCGGAAUCGAUAUCGCACUUUGGGAUUUGAAGGGCCGUCGCCUGGGUGUGCCAGUAUACCAGCUGUUAGGUGGCAAGGUCCGCAACAAGGUGCAGGUGUAUGCUUGGAUCGGAGGAGACCGACCGAGCGAUGUUGAAGUGGCAGCUAAGGCAAGAAUCGCUCAGGGUCUCAAAUGUGUUAAAAUGAACGCCACAGAAGACGUCAAUUGGCUUGAUUCCCCAGCCGUCCUACAAUCUUGCGUCGAGCGCCUUAAGCAAGUGAAGAGCCUUGGCCUCGACGUAGGCUUAGAUUUCCACGGUCGCUUGCACCGCCCAAUGGCCAAACAAUUAGCCAAGGCACUGGAGCCUUACCAGCCUCUCUUUAUUGAAGAGCCCUUGCUCUGCGAACACCCCGAGGCGAUCAAACAAUUAUCGAACUCUACCACCAUUCCUAUUGCCUUCGGAGAGCGCCUUUAUACAAGAUGGGACGUGAAAAGAUUCUUGGAGGAUUCAUCAGUCGAUGUUUUGCAGCCUGAUAUUGCCCAUGCCGGUGGUAUCUCUGAGACAAAGCGCAUUGCCACUUUGGCUGAGACCUAUGAUGUGGCUAUUGCUCCUCAUUGUCCCCUUGGGCCUAUCGCUCUUGCUGCUUCUCUUCAAAUUGCUGUCUCAACACCCAACUUUGUGAUCCAGGAGAUGUCGCUGGGUAUGCACUAUAAUGUGGAAGCUGGCGAUAUUGACUUGAACAGCUAUUUGGUGGACAAAUCUGUAUUUGAGAUCACAGAGGGAUUUGUUGGAGCUCCAACGAAGCCAGGUAUUGGUAUUGAGAUUGACGAGGAUUUGGUCCGCAAGAUUAGCAAGGACAGUGAGCCCUGGCAACCCAAGGAGUUCUACGGAGAAGAUGGUUCAAUUCGGGAGUGGUAG